UGACUGAGAGUACACAAUAACAACUUCCGUUUUGCUUGUGUCGUUUCCAAGAAAUCUGAUGUUGUUCUUAUCUUUGUUCUUUGUAUAUAGCAUAACCUUUUCCGCUGGCUGCACUUUACGAGUUUUCUCUUUUACAUUGGUUUUAAGCAGUUUGAUUAUGUUGUGCCUUGGUAUGGUUUUCAUCUUGUGCUUGAAGUUUAUUGAGUUUCUUGGAUCUGUGAGUUUAUAGUUUUCAUCAAGUUUGGAAAGUUUUUGACCAUUACUUUUUCCAACAUAUAUUUUUCCUCUUUCCUUUGAGGACCCCAACUACUCAUUUUUAGAUCACUGGAAGUUGUCCAUCUCACCAGUGUUCUUUUGAUUUAUUUUUUCAUUUUUUCUCUCUGUUUUAUUUUGGAUAGUUUCUAUUUUCCUGCCUUUACUUUCAUUAAUCUUCUUUUGCAGUGUCUAAUGUACUAUUAAUUCCAUCCAGUAUAUUUUUAAUCUUAGAUAUUGUAGUUUUCAUAUCUGCAAGUUUGAUUUCAAUCUUUUUUACAUCGCUCGUGUCUCUACUUAUUAUUUGCCUCUCCCUGUGCUGUGACGUGAAACUCUUUCAAGCCAGUAAGCUGGAGCAAUGGUAGGGUUCACCAUGUUUUUUCCUCCAUUUCUUGAGGACUGCUAUCCUUUAUUGCCUGAUUUCUAGUGUUUUGAACUGUUGUUUCAUGUAAUUUUGUCUCAUUUAUUACUUUUUUUUUGGUUGUUUCAGGUGAGAGGAUGAAUCUGGUCCCUAUUACUCCAUCUUGGCUAGAAGCAGAAGUUGUUCGAUAUAUAUUUUUAAGUGAAAAAAUAAACUAAUUUUUAUAGAAUAGUAGAGUUAAAAACAACAUUGAAAUGAGCCAAAGAGGGAAUGAAUGGCGAGAAAACAGGAGUGUGGACUGCUUUUUAAAGAAGUUUGAGAAGUACAAGCUGUGGCAGAAGUAAAACUUCGAGAUGAUCAAUAUACACUGGAACACAUGCAUGCUUUUGGAAUGUAUAAUUAUCUACACUGUGAUUCGUGGUAUCAAGACAGUGUCUACUACAUCGAUAACCUUGGAAGAAUUAUGAAUUUAACAGUGAUGCUGGACACUGCCUUAGGAAAACCUCGGGAGGUAUUUCGACUUCCUGCAGAUUUGACUGUGUACGACAAUCGCCUUUGUGCAUCUAUUCAUUUUACAUCUUCUACCUGGGUUACCUUAUCAGAUGGAACCGGAAGAUUGUAUCUGAUUGCCACAGAUGAACGUGGAAAUAAUUCUUCUAAAAAAUGGGAGAUCAUGUUUAAUGAAGAGCUUGGGAGUCCUUUUAUCAUAAUUCACAGUAUCUCAUUGCUAAAAGAUGAAGAACAUUCAAUAGCUGCCCUACUUCUUCGAAUAGAAAAGGAGGAAUUGGAUAUGAAAGGAAGCGGUUUCUAUGUUUCUUUGGAAUGGGUCACUAUCAGUAAGAAAAAUAAAGAUAAUAAAAAAUAUGAAAUAAUUAAGCAUGAAAUUCUCCGUGGAAAGUCAGUGCCACAUUAUGCUGCUCUUGAACCUGAUGGAAAUGGUCUAAUGAUUGUUUCCUACAAGUCCUUCCAGUUUAUUCAAACUGGUCAGGAUCUUGAAGAAAAUAAGAAUGAAAACAUGUCAGAGAAAAUCAAAGUAGAACCUCUGUAUUACUGGCAACAGACUGAAGAUGAUUUGACAAUAACAACCCAGCUUCCAGAAGACACUACUAAGGAGGAUAUUCAAGUACAGUUUUUGCCUGAUCACAUCAGCAUUGUGCUGAACGGUCAGCUGUUUUUGGAAGGAAAGCUCUAUUCAUCUGUUGAUCAUGAAAGUAGUACAUAUAUAAUUAAAGAAAAUAAUAGCUUGGAAAUUUCUUUGAUUAAGAAGAAUGAAGGCCUGACAUGGCCAGAGCUAAUAGUCGGAGAUAAACAAGGGGAAUUCAUAAGGGACUCAGCCCAGUGUGCUGCAAUAGCUGAACGUUUAAUGCAUUUGACCUCUGAAGAACUGAAUCCGAAUCCAGAUAAAGAAAAACCUCCCUGUAAUGCUCAAGAGUUAGAAGAAUGUGAUAUUUUCUUUGAAGAGAGCUCCAGUUUAUGCAGAUUUGAUGGCAAUACAUUAAAAACAACUCAUGUGGUGAAUCUUGGAAGUAAUGAGUACCUUUUCUCCGUCAUAGUGGAUCCUAAAGAAAUGCCCUGCUUCUCUUUGCGCCAUGAUGUUGAUGCCCUUCUCUGGCAACCACACUCUAGCAAACAAGACGACAUGUGGGAGCACAUUGCAACUUUCAAUGCUUUAGGCUACGUCCAAGCGUCAAAGAGAGACAAAAAGUUUUUUGCCUGUGCUCCAAAUUACUCCUAUGCAGCUCUUUGUGAGUGCCUUCGUCGAGUAUUCAUCUAUCGUCAGCCCACUCCCAUGUCCACUGUGCUUUACAACAGAAAGGAAGGCAGGCAAGUAGGGCAGGUUGCUAAGCAGCAAGUAGCAAGCCUAGAAACCAACGAUGCUAUUUUAGGCUUUCAGGCAACAAACGAGAGAUUAUUUGUUCUCACUGCCAAAAACCUCUUUUUAAUAAAGAUAAAUACAGAGAAUUAAUUAUACCAACAUGUUAGCUUUUCUGUACUGAAAAACUAUUCAGUGGUAUCUAGAAGGCUGGGCAAUUAUACUGUAACCUGUUAAGUUUUGAUGUAUUACAGUACCUGUAUAAUUUUUUUAUUUUUUAAAGUACAUUGGAAAUCUGUUCAAGGGAUUAUGAUUCUGUAAAAGUGUACUAGGCUGUGGAAUGAAGAUACAGAAUUAGAGAAAAAUUUGCUUCUGUAAAAAUGUAAAGAUAAUAUUAACAAGUGCAAUUAUUUUUUAUUAAAGAAGCUAAAGUAUUGUCUUUUAUAUGAAAGACAUAUAAUUCACUGUUUAAAAAAUAAAGAUAUUAUUUACACUUUCUGUGUUAAUAUAGGGCUACAUUCUGUACCCAUAGAAUGUAUAGGAUUACAGUUAAAAUAAAGAUUAAUUAAAAGAUUUGAAUAUUCCAAGUCAAGGAAAAAAAAUACUGUACCUAUUAAUCAUUGUAACUUUGUUCUCUUUAUUUUGCUUAUGAAAUAAUUUUUUUUGAUAUGGUGCAUCAGUAUCUUUACUGUUACAUGUUUUAAAAAGUCGUAUAAAUACUUAUUUAAAUGGAUUGAAUGGCUGAGGUAGAGGGGAGAAUACAAGAGAUGUACAGCAGGUCUAGUAGCCUUAAAGUUUGCUGAGAGGCCUUAAUUCUUUCUCAGAUUAACUAUUGCUUUACUUAAUUUUUAUCCAUUUGCUCUGCCAAAGAGAGAGGGGGAGAGAGAGAGAGAGAUACUAAGAUUUCAUAAAGUGUAGCUGUUCAUUGCUGUGUAACAAAUCACCCCAAAACUCAGAGGUUUAAAACCAUGGCAUUUUAUUAUUUCUCACAAUUUAAUGGAUUGGCUGGACAGUUCUGGGUUAAAUGACAGCUUGUCUCUGCUCUAUAUGACCUCACAUCCUCCAGUAGGCUAGACUGGGCUUCUUACCAUAAUAGAGGAAACAUUCCAAGAGGGCAAGCCCUAAUGGGCAAGAGCCGUACAAGCCUCUGUUUCCACCAUAUUUGCUAAUGUCCCCUUGGAUAAAGCAGUCACGUGGCCAAGCUUAGAGUCAUUGAGGGAGGGGACUGCGUUAAUAGGAGGUCUGAUUCACUGAGGAACAUUAGUGUAGCAGUCUACCACACAAAGGGAUUACGGUUUGUCUUUGCAGUGUGAACAAAAUAAUCCUGUAAAUUAAGUAAAUAAUUAAGUAUUUUUUGCCAUGAAUGUUAGCUUCUCAUACUUAUAUUGCCUCCCCAGAUUUCUUUUGGUUUGCAUUUACCUGGAAAACAUUUAACUUUUUAUAUCAUUUUUAGUCAAUAUAAACCUCAAGUUGGAUUUUGUAUUUGAAUAGGAUAGUUAAGACCUUACUUCAAGAGGCAGAAAAUAUAGAAAAGAGAUUUUAGGGUAGAGAAUCUUUAUUCCUAGCAUAUCUCUCUCACCUCUCAGGGCAAGUAUUUGACUGAAUUAAGUUUAGGAGAAGAAGGAAAAAUAAGUUUGAGAGACAGAAGAAGACAAAAAGGAUGGGAGUUACAUACAUGUUCUGAACCCUUUGUCAGAGUGCAGUUUCCUAGAGAGAAGUAACUAGGAUGCUAGAUAAAAAGUUGGGAAGGAUGAUCCUGAAUUCUGAUGGUGACAAUAGGAAGUACUCCAUUAUUACUAGGAAGGAGAUAGACUAAAUAUUGAGCUUCAUGAGGUCACAAACAUAGAAAAACAGAUAUUUGGUUGAACCAAAAAAUUGACAUCUGCAGAACUUUUUAGUGUCAUUGUAAAAGAAACAUCAUGAAACAAAAGACCAUUCAUACAGUCAACUAGUAAAAAUCUUUUUUGUGUAAAAGUAGAUUUAAAUUUUCUUUAAAAGUUUUCCCAAAGAUCAUAAAUACCCCCUUAGGGAAUAUAAGAAAAACGCAGACUUACGUGGUGCUUAAUUAACUGUAUCACUAUGUAUAUGUGCACAUUUUCAGACAGUAUCAAUUUUCUUUCCUCUAUGUAUGGUGACUCUUAAUAUGAUUAAUGUUGAACUGAAAACUGUCAGGAAAAUUAGUCUUCAAUGUUGUUUCAUAUUGACAUAUGCUAAGAAAGUAAUGAGUCUUGAGUAAUCAUUUUCAGCUGUGCUUUCUUGUUAUGCUUCAAGAAUUUCACAGACAUUUAAUUCAGCUUAAACAACGUUCUAAACUAUUUUUAAAUAAUAGGCACACAUUUAGUAUAGUCCUAAAAGUGCUAUGAGUGUAGUAACUUGUAUUUUUGUUGAUUUUUGUCAUGAAUUAUAAAUGGGAAUUUAUAAAAUAUUUAUGAUAGUAAUAAAGUGUUAUAUGUUCUACGUAUUAAAAUUAAUUUAUCAGUAUUCUUUCAACAUGUUUAUUAUGCAUCAGUUGUAUACCAUAAUAUAAUGUUUUCAGUGCUAAGGAUUAUGCAAUGGAUAAGAAACAAGAGUACAUUCUACUGAUUUUCAGGUAAAUUUUCCCUUUGGGAAAUAGAAAGAGGGUAGGUGGAAUCAGUGGUUCCAUUGCUAAAAAGAAGUUUGAUCAAGAAUGGAACCUUGGAGAAAACUAUAUGCAAUAUGCAAGCAGAAGGGUUGCCAAUUAGAAGGAUCAUAAAGAGGAUAAAAGCAUUUCAAGAAACUAAGAAUGGUAAACAAUAUUAAAUAAUGUUCUGAAGUAAUAAACAACUCACAUUUCCACAUAGAAGGGAAAUUACCUUACAGGUUAAACCAUCAUUGUGCAGGGAUUUCUAAUGCUUUGUUUGUGAUUAUCUACAGAGAUAGGAAAAGAACAAAUGGUAAGUUUAUGUAUGGCAAGUAAUAUAAUAAAACUAGUAUUGUACUAGUCAUUUGUGAUAACUGGGAGAAUAUUUUAAUUACUUCUUAGUACUAAUCAUGUCUUACUUAGCAUGUACUAGUAGUUGAGCCAGUAAAAAUUAGGCCUAAUGGGGUUUAAAGUAAUUAUAAUUAUAAGGAACCCUAGUGGUGCAGUGGUGAGUGCUUGGCGGCUGCUAUCCCAGAGGUCCGCGGUUCAGACCCAUCACUUGCUCUGCAGGAGAAAGAUGUGGUAGUCUGCUUCUGUAAAGAUUUACAGCUUUGGAAACCCUAUGGGGCAAUUCUACUCUGUCCUGUAGGGUUGCUCUGAGUUGGAAUUGACUCGAUGGCAGCAGGUUUGGUUUGGUUUUAGAGGAAAUAUACCAGAGAGAAAUGCGCCUUUCUGAGAUUAGCAUAAAAGAAUAAAUGUGCAAAAACAGCUCAAGUCAGAGGUACCCACCCACAUUAAGAUAUAUUAUGAAGCACUAAUUAAAAGUAUGAAAUACAUAUAUUUUAGAUUUAUUUAUUAGAAGAAAAUGUUUUCUAAUCUCAAGGUUGAAAAGGCUUCUUCAAACCGAAAAAACAAAAAUAUAAGGAAAAAGACUGAUAAAUUUGACCAUAUCAAAAUGAAAAAUAAUCUUUGUAACCUGGUUCCAUUAGCAGCGCUAGAAGAUAAGCAACAGACUGGAAGAAAAUAUUUGUUACAUACAUAAUAGAUGAGAUUUAAAAUCCGUAAUAUAAAAAGAACCCCUAUGAUUUAAUUAAAACACACACACACACAAUAGAAAAAUGGGUAAGAGAUAUGAACAGUCAAUUCAUAGAUAAGGAAAUACAGAUGGUCAGUAAACCUUUGAAAAGACGUUCAAUCUCGCAGGUAAUCGGGUAUUGGUAAACAUUUUAAAGUUUUAUGAUAUUAAAUCUUGGCCAGAGUAUGGAAAUACCAUAAAUUACUCUCUAUGAGAAGGCUUUGGUCAAUCCCUUUUUAUAAAAGGCCUGGAAACCCCCUUGACAUUGAUUAUGUAAGUAAUAUUUUGUUCCUUUCUCAUGAGAGAAAGAUGGAGUUAGUAAUUGUGACACUUCUGCAAGUUAAACCAAGAUUUGUAUGCCGUUUUUCAAAAUAGAUACUCCUGUGAAAAGUCUCCCUUUGUUCAUAAAAUGUUUUCUGCUGUUUAAAUUCUCUAUUAAAAAAAAAUAAGAGGGAAAUACUCCUUAGUGCCUCAAAUGAAAUAAGGAAGUUAAGAUUGGCUAUCACCUAGGUACUACAGUUUCUGUCUUGGGAAGGAAAUAAGAGGAGCUAACCCUUUGACUUUCCUUUGAACAAGCAUCUUAGGUUUAGAUGCAGGCAAGCUGUGUUCCAAGAGAGGUCACUUACGUUGGAGCCAUUGUCAAGCACAUCAUUCUGAGACUAUUCUAAGUAUAUUCCUCCACCUGACUAGCCCAGGCAUGUGUUUAUGAUGGUCAGAAUGGUAGAGGGCAAGUUCAAUUGUAGCACAAAUGAUUUUCAAGCUUCUGCUGUCACAUUUUCUAGUAUAUUGGCCAAAGCAAGUCAGAUGGAUGGUCCCAGAGGCAGAGUGGGAGGACCCUGCAAAGUUACAUGGCAAAGGACAUGGAUACAGGGAGAGUGAAGCACUGGGACCAUUUUUGAAAUCUAUCAUAUGUACCGACACUAUGUCCUAGCAAUAUCAUAGAUUUCUUUUUUCCCCGCUUCCCUUCAUGGUACACAGGAAAUUAUAACUGUACGACACAUUGGUGUAAAAGAAUAGGCUGCUCUUGGCCAGAAGUGACCUUGGCCACCCCAAAGGCCAAGGGACUCAAUUUCUAGGCAAUUGGUAACCUGUUUACAGCACACUGAUGUAAAACCUAUUCGGGUGCUUAUGUCAUAGAGAGACAUUGGCAAGGAGAAAUGCAUAAGGAUGUAGAGGGUCAGCGAAAAACAGGAAGACCU